UUGAGACGUAAACAUACCAGUUUAGACCGAAAGCGAACCGAAAGGACGUUAAGCCUAAACAUAACAUCCUAUAAACACUCCAGAAUAAUUCGAAAAAUCAUGAGCACUCCGGUUGUCAUUUCUGGUCCAAGUGGAACUGGUAAAAGUACUUUAAUAAAGAAGUUAUUCGCCGAAUUCCCUGACAAAUUUGGAUUUUCUAUCAGUCAUAGCACAAGAAAAGCAAGACCACAGGAAGCUGAUGGAGUCGACUACCAUUUUACCACUAUUGAAAACUUCAAGGACUUGAUUUCCAAGGACGAGUUUCUUGAAUGGGCCCAGUUUUCUGGCAAUUAUUACGGAACCUCCAAGAAGGCUGUGGACCAAGUGGCUAAAGAGGGAAAGAUUUGCUUAUUGGACAUCGAUAUGCAAGGAGUUAAGGCUAUCAAGGAAUCCAACUUAAAAGCCAAGUAUUUGUUUGUGGCACCUCCAUCCGUUGAUGUGUUGAAACAAAGAUUAGUGGGAAGAGGUACUGAAACUGAAGAGUCGAUUCAAAAGCGGUUAGAUGCUGCUACUCGUGAGUUAGAGUUCGCCGAGACCGGUAUUCAUGACAAGAUCAUUGUGAAUCACGACUUGGACAAAGCCUACGAAGAAUUCAAGUCGUUUAUUUUGGAGUCCCAGUAAAUGGAAUGUGUGGUUGCGAGCGUAUUUUCCUUCUGAAUUGAACUAAUUAAAAUGGAGUCAAAUUGGGUGCAAAAACCGCGUUUAUGAGAAUGACAGUGAUUUUGUGAAUACAAAGUGUUCACCUGUUAACCAUAUCCUAUUAAUGAUAAAAUCUACAUAGAAAACCUACAAAAUUCCAAUUCCCUUCAGAUAAUUGUAAAUUUUGAAAGACUUUAUUUUAAUCGAAAACCACUUUACCAGCGCAUUUAAACUUAUCAACUUCAUAAAUACGUAUAUUACAUUUCCAUAAUACAAUAAAUACAAUAAAUAAGGACAAAUAGUACCAGACUAUUUGUGUUUGUUUUCGUAACUUAUAAGGAACUUUCUAAUUUGUGCAAGGUUAGCAGACAACUUUUCGAAGAUGGCAAAGUUAAGUUUCUGAGUAUGGAUCUUAAGGAGGAGAAUUUCUCCCAUGUUAAGAAUGUACAAGAUACUUGAAUAGCUAAGAUCUUCUUGGAGGUCCAAGUGGUAUACGGUAGUCAAACCAAAGCCCUUCUGGAGGUGCUGGAGGAGUUCUAGCAUCUCUUUGAACUUGGAUGUCAAAACUAACUUGUAGUUCGAUAAUGGGUAUUUCAAAUAUUUGAGUAGGAGAACCGCACUUAACGAGCAAAGAUGAAAAAUAGAUUGAGCAAGAAUCAAGUUCAUGUCAUUAACCAUUACCUCAUCGGUGAAAUGGACUCCCAAAAGAUUCUCAAAGCUGGUUUCGUCAAGAUCUUCAUCCAUGAAAUCUCGAUCUUUUGCCUUGUUGGGUGAUGUGAUGGACUUUUCACAUUUAGUCAAUAAGAACUUUAAAGAAACUAAUGAAUAGUCCAAUAUUUUAUCAACUUUGGAGAAUUCAUUCAAUUUAACUGAAUUGAGUAAGUUCUCAAAUUGCUUUAUAAGCUCAUUAUGGUUCUUUAACCAACUUUGUUGUUUCAAAAGCUUGAAGUCCAAAAUAGAUGAGAUCUUGAUGAAGUUCGUGAGAACAGAGUAGUCCUGUAUCUGUGGACUACAUGGACUGUCCUUGAGAAACACCGUCAAGUUAUUCAAAAUGUUAACAGUGUUCAAGUUCGAAUUGAAUUGGUUAAUUUCGAAAAUACCAUGAACCAAUGUCACAAACCCAUAGUUCGACAAGUCAUUCAUUAUACUCAAGUUCUUGUUGUUGCUGAAGUUCAAUAAAUUAGAGUUCUUAGAAAUCUUUAACAACAAAUCCUUGAAGUAUAAUACUGGCUGCUUCUCUUCAGAGUCAAUGGCCAAGUUGAGAUGUCCCGUUUCUUUGAAAUGUUGGUAGUUC